AUGUCGCAGCACGUGGUUGAUGCCGUCAAGGCUGCGGCUCAGACACUCCCGCCGAUCGAUACUCCUGAGUUCGGCCAAUUGUUCGAUUCCUUCGGCAAAGCGAGAGUCGUGCUCAUCGGUGAUGCAAGCCACGGCACCUCGGAAUUCUACCGCGCCCGCGCGGCCAUCACGAAGCGCCUCAUCGAAAAACACGGCUUCACCACCGUCGCCAUCGAAGCCGACUGGCCUGACGCCCGCUCCAUCGACCGCUUCGUCCGCCGCCAACCCACCCCCGCGGCCCUUAAAGACGAGAAGAUCUUCGACCACUUCCCGCGCUGGAUGUGGCGCAACGUCGAGGUGCAGGAUUUCAUCGACUGGCUGCGCGUGCACAACGAGCGCCUCGACCCCCCCAACCGCACUGGCUUCUACGGGCUGGACCUGUACAGCAUGGGCGCCUCUAUCCGCGCCGUCAUCGACUACCUGGACCGCGCGGAUCCCGACACCGCGGCCAUCGCGCGGGAGCGCUAUGGAUGCCUGCUGCCCUGGGUCGAGGAACCCGCGCACUACGGCCGCGCGGCCCUCAACAAAGGCUACGCGCCCUGCGAAGCCGGCGUCGUCCAAAUGCUCCGCGACCUCCUCGCACAGCGCAUGGACCUCGCCGCCACUGACCCCUCCGCCUUCACCGACGCUGAAUUCAAUGCCCGCGUGGUCCGCGACGCCGAGAAAUACUACCGGUCCAUGUACUACGGCGGCGCGGAGUCCUGGAACCUGCGCGACGGGCACAUGUUCGCGACGCUCGCGCGGCUGCUGAAGUUGAACCCGGGGAGCAAGGCGGUGGUGUGGGCGCACAAUAGCCAUGUUGGCGACGCGCGCCACACGGAGAUGGGGCGUAAGGGGGAGCAUAACAUCGGGCAGCUGGUUCGGGAGCAUUUCGCGGACCCGACGCAGGUGGCGAUCAUCGGGUGCGGGACGCACGCGGGGACGGUGGCGGCGGCGGACGAUUGGGGGAUGCCGAUGCGGAUCAAGACCGUAAAAGAGUCGCGGGAGGAUUCAUACGAGCGCGUGAUGCACGCGACCGGCGUCCCGGCAUUUCUAUUGGAUCUGCGCGACACGCCGGAGAACGCGGCGGUGCGGCAGGCGUUGGGGCAACAGCGGCGGGAGCGAUUCAUCGGGGUGAUUUAUCGGCCGCAGACGGAGCUGGGGAGUCACUAUGCGAAGGCGAUCUUACCGAAGCAGAUGGAUGCGUUGGUGUGGUUUGAUCGGACGAAGGCGGUGGAGGCAUUCGAGACGGCGCAGCCGAGGGGGGAUUUGAGCAUGGAGGAGACAUAUCCGUUUGGGUUGUAG